UGCCUCACUAGCCAGCUCUCGAUUAGAGCCAAUUAGCCAAUUCUUAAAAAGCUUGUGGGUACCCUUUUGCUAUUGUACAAACAUUCAUUCUUUCUGUCUGCAUCAUGGAAUUACUCCUUUUAAGUUUUCAAGUUGGGCUUCAAAGAAACAAUUUGCUUCUUCUCAUUUGUAGCAUGCUUAGUCUUCACUGGCUUCAUGCUAGCAUCUGGCUUUCUCAGUUGGCUUCUCAAUAAAUAGUAACUCUUUCGUUUGGAAGGUGGUAUUGGUUUUAGUACCUAAAACACCUUCAAAUUCUGGAAGAAUAUUAGUCUCAGGUUCUUCUUGAUAAAAUAUUUCUCUCUUCCAUUUGAUAGGGUUUUAACCAAUUUCUUGAAGUCUUUCUUAAGAAGAGUAUUGACUAUAUUUAUUGUCCAUUCUCUGUCACGCCCUCUAUGAUAAGUAUAUUGAGGAAGGUAUGGAUCAAUGUCAGCUUUAUCUCUUGUCCAAUUUAUUAAAUCAAACACCUUCAGACUCUUAUACUGUUACUCUUUAAUUACUUUCAUAUCUCUGCACUUCAAGUACUUUUUAUCUCCUUUCAUGAUGUCUAUUAUAUAUCCUUUAACGUCAGCAGGCAAAAGGAGGCAGAUAUACUUCUGCUUCUAUUUCCAUGAACCUGUAUAAUAAAAAUGAUCCAACAAAGCAUCGCUACAUCUCCUCGUACCUGUCAAAAUAUCUUUCAAGUCAGUUUGUUAGUUUUAAAGUCUUUUUAAGUUAAAAUAUUAUUGAAGUGGCUAGAAGGCCCACUAUGAAUCAUCUGCAUGGGUUCAAACAUUAUCAAGAUAUUUAAAUUAUGUAGAAAUGUGAAACCGCUGAAAUCGGCAACAAGAAGUUGAAGACAGAGAUGAAGCAUAAGAAUAAGCGAAUAAGUCGAGACUUGUCAACUUUUGAGUGUUCUGAUAUAAUGUCUUAUCUAUCACUAUUGAUACAUCACCUCUCUUUAAAAGAAUUGAAGCGCCUGGUCUUGAGUAAGCCAAAAAUGAUCAAUCUGGCAGAAUGCAAAGCAGCAAAGCAAUAUUGAUAUUAGUAAAGAUACUCGAAAUAGGACUGCCUAAGAUAUACUGAAAAUAGCAUGUGCCCAUAU